AUGACAUCGUCGACUACAGCAUCCCCCGAUGCCUCUACACCAAUCCUCAAUCUUCCAGGCAACAACGAUAGCUCGCUAUCUACAGACAGCGCAACGAGUUUACGUUCGGACAAUCGCAGAAUCUCGUUCAUAGGAAAUGAUCCCCCACGCAGACGGUCGGCGCAGUCCAGUGGUUCGGACAGCCUACCUCUUCUGGAAAACACAAUCGUUAGCAGUGGUAGACAGACGCCAGUGCUAGACGGUCGACACCCUAGGAGAAUCUCAUCUCCUCCGCCACCCAGUACAUACCAGCGAGGCGUUUCCUUUGAUACCUUCGACAACCGAGUUGCCACCGACGGCUCCUUUACCUUGAAAUACAAACACAAGAAUUACCAAGCUACACGACGAAGUCGCACAUUCCUAUGCGGAACCGAUCAAAAUGACUAUUCAGAAUUUGCCCUCGAGUGGUUGAUUGAUGAAUUGGUUGAUGACGGUGAUGAGGUCAUAUGUUUAUGGGUUGUUGAGAAGGAUUCUAAGAUCGCUAGUGAUGCAAGUGUUGAUGAAGGCCGGUACCGCAAGGAAGCUGAGAAGCUUCUCAACCAGGUCAUCGCUAAGAAUCAGCAUGAUGAGAAAGCGAUCAGUUUGGUGUUGGAGCUCGCAGUAGGGAAGGUGCAAGAUAUUAUCCAAAGAAUGAUUCGUAUUUAUGAACCGGCUGUUCUCAUUGUGGGAACACGAGGACGCAGUCUCAGCGGCAUGCAAGGCUUGCUGCCUGGUUCGGUCUCAAAAUACUGUCUACAACAAUCGCCAAUUCCUGUCGUCGUGGUGCGGCCAUCUACCAAGCGCGAGAAGAAAAAGAAGAAGCGUCUCGCCGACCCGACCCGUCGCAGCUAUGGCAAUAUAUUACAAAUCAGUGAACAGCAAGGCAGUGGGCUGUUCAACAAGCAGGUUAGCUCCGAUAAGAACGUGGCCAAACCACCCGCCGAUGAAGCCGCAGCUGUUGCGGAAGCUGUUGGGCUCCCUCGACACUUUCAACAUGCACACACGGGCAGUGACUCCAAACUGUCCGCGACCAGCUCAAAUGAAGAAGAGAAUGGCAAGGAUGUUCUACGCUCAGACACACCUCAACUUUCGCCGUACAUUGAAGACGGGAAUGGCGAACGAGUCCUCAAGAGCCCCGGCCUUGGGAACCUGGAUACACCACCCGAUAGUGAAAGCGAGAGUGACUCAGAAACAACACGUGGUCGAGACCCGGGAUCGUCUGACGCAGACUCGACCAUGCCGCCAGACAUAUCGCCUAAUGAGACAGAAGAGGAUAUCGGCCCCAUAACGAGCAAACUACAAUUAGCAGACGCUUCCUGA